AUGCCUGCGUGUGUGCGUCUCUGGUGGCUUGGUGGCCUCAUCGCCUUGGGCCUAGCGUCAGGCCUUGGGCGGCUUAUCCCUGGCCGCAGCUUGUUUCUGUUUUCGUGCCGGGCUGCUGUGCUCCUGCCGCUGCCGCUUCCUCUGCCUUUGCCUUUGCCGUUUUCUUCGCUCUGCUCGUUGCGAGCAACUGACCUACUUGCCUAUACCUGCUCUUGUUCCUGCCACUUCCAACUGCUGCCAAGGCCACGCACGGGCCCCGAAAACUUAUCGAGUGGUGAGGCAAUGAGUACUUGUAUCCGUGCAAGUGAGACAAGAGACAGAGAGGGAGAGAAAGACACACAGGCGAGAAAUGAGAAGUCUCCUGUCCCCCUGUCUCAGCUCGCUCCUUGGUGCUGUGCUUGCUGCCGUGCUUGCUUGCUGCCCUUUCCACGGCGCGGCUGGGCUGUCAACAACACAACUGCUGGAGCUGGAGCUGGAGCCUCGACAGCAUCUAAUUCUGCCACUAAAUCGUGGUGGCGGGAAGGGGAGGCGAGAUUGCUGACUCAGUGCUGUCUGGUGCUUAUUCGCUCUCCGUCUGCCGUCCCUACCUCUACUAGGCAAUUUUCGCAGGCAAGACAAAAUACGAUGGAGGCCAACCUAAUGAGAAACACGGAGCACGGAGUACAGACGCGGUACUUGGCACUUCUGGAAGGAGGGGGAAGGAGGGGGAUCGCAGCCACUUGCCGCCAUUUGGAGAUGCGAUACGCACGCCAUGUUGCCGCUGCAUCUCGUCUGAAUGACGGAAAACUCGGUGCUGGACAGAGGCUCUCUCUUUGCCUCUUUCGUAUAAUCGCCCAUUCCAAGCCAUUCUAUCGUAUACGAGUACCAGGCUUGGCUCUCAAGCUCUUUACCCACAGAGCAUCAACGCUCUACGAGCACAGCACGAAAUACUACAUACUGCUCUUACUAAUGCUUGGUGAUCACAUGAGGGAAACACAGCAGAAGCAUCUCAUGUCCAAUCUGGACGAGGGAGAUGCGGCCCUGCUCGCUCACGGGCUAGCGGCGGUACCUGGAAGGUUACUAACACGAUACUCGCCGCUGCGUGGUGCAGGCACCAGUACAGCCAGAUACGAGCGCUGGUACUCGUGGCGCGACCAGAUGUACCUCGAUCAGUACAAGGCAGGUCGUCCACGCCGCGCGUUUAUUCGGUGGGUGCCUGAUCUGACCUUUUCAUCGCGCAAAGCCUCCACCGAAAUCAGACAACGCAACUUUUGGCUCUUUGCCUCGUUCGACCAGGGGCUCUUGGGGCUGCACUCUUCUGGCCGUUGGGGCAAAGGCGGUCUGGCCGCUGUCAAGGGACCUCAAGGCAUCCAGCGCUACUCCAAACCCUUGCUCCUUGUCAGGCAUGGACGAUUGUGGUGGCAGCAGGAAUGCUUGCAAGGCUCUCGUCUCGUCCGCUUCGCAGUCACACCACCACGAAAAGGUCUCAGGCUGGGACAAACAUGA